CUCUUAGCCUACGUCUCUCUCCCCACCUCAAAUUUUAGUAAAAAUUAUGAAGGCAAACAAAAAAGGAAAAAAAUGUUGACCAUUUUUCAACAUUAAAUUUCAGGAGAUUGAAGGAAAAGAGUAAAAAAUAACACAGUGGAAAUGCAGAGACUAAUUAGGAUUAGGGUUUCAAAGAAUGGAUUCUCCUGAACCUUCUAAAUCUCCAAUUUCUUCUUCUGCUGCAGCCUCUACUUCUUCCUCUUCCCCAGUUCAAGAAUCCCCUUUUUCCAAUUAUAUUAGCAGUCUGUCUCCUAUAAAGCAUGACAAGGCACCGCUUGUAACACAAGCAUUCGUAGGGCUUAAUUCUCCCCCUCUUGUAUUUACAUCUCCACGUAUAAAUACACGUAGAAGGCCUCAGUCAUCUAGUGUGGAAGUAUCUGAAAAUGGUGAAGGAGACAAGAGCAAAACUGAUGGGCCUGGUAGUUUGGAAAGAUCUGUUACAGUAUUACAGCAAGGGUUGAUCACUGAUAUUAAGGAGGAUGAUACCAAGAACUCUGUGUCAGUCCAACCCAGUAGUUCCUCUGGAUGUGUUGAUGAAUACUUGGCCGAUCCUGUGGAAGCAGACUGCGCAAACUCUGCAUGCACCAUCAGUUUAAAAUUGAAACAAUCUAAUAAUGUUCUUCAGUCAUCAGUAAAUGGUUUACCAGACUCAAAAAAUUUAAAUUUUGAUGACAAAAAUGAUGUGGGGAGGGAAGUCGAUUCAACUCAAUUGUUGUCUGGGCUGAGUGAAAAAGGCCUUGAAAGAAAGUUAACCUUUGAUGUCAAGCCAUUGAAGAUUGAUAAUGAGGAGCAUGCUGGUCAACGGAUAUCUGAUGAAUGCCGAAAAUUUGAGGCUGAUAUGUUUGAUCUUUCUUCUCAGGAAAAAGAAUGUAAAAAUUUGGAUUCUCAGAAAGUUGUAGAGGACCAUGGGAAUGGAUGUGAUGGUUUCCUUCAUCUGCCGCCUGAAUCCUUGCAAAGGGUUCAGGCAUAUGAAGGUUUUGCUGAAAAUGUUGAAGGAGACUUGGAUGUGCCAAUUCAUAAUAUGACACACGAUCUUGAGGCUAGUGAACACCAACGUGGCAUGAGUAGGCGCUGCCUUCAAUUUGGAGAAACUCAACCAGAAACUACGGCAAACUGCAACAGUUCUUCAAAUCUAGCAAAUGAUAUGGUCACUUCAACAUCACUUGCUACAACUUCAGAAAUAGAGGGUUUGGGUUCAUCUCAUGUGGAUUUAAGUGCUACAUCAAGAAAGAGGCAGCUAGUUAACUUGUCCCAAUUAGCUAUAAAUAUGAUUCCCCAGUGUCAUGUUGAAAAUUCUUCCUUAACUGUUUACAAGCCAUCAGGUGUUGGAUUACACCUAAACAGCAUUGUUAAUGCUAUACCAAUGGGUCAAGGUGGAACUGUGAGCAUGAAUUUGGCAGUUGAUUCUCUGGGUAUACAGGAGAUAAAAUCAGCAUCUAUUGCGAGCUGUCAGUCAAUGGAAAACAUGCAGAGUCAGUCAGAUGCAUUUGAGAAAGUAUCAGCUGCUCCUCAGGAUGGAAUACUUGAAGCAAAGGUUAGCAUGAUUGCAGGUUCUGCUGCUUGUGAAUCACUCCACACUGUAGAAUCAAUUGAGUGUCACACAACUCUAAGCACAAAGAAGAAGCUUAGCUCAGAGGAUGGAGACAGCAAUGAGGUGUUUAACCACCAAAGCCCCAAAAAGAAAAGGCAAAAAUUGUCAAACAGCACUGAUGGUGAGGGUUGCAAGCGUUGCAAUUGCAAGAAGACCAAAUGCUUGAAACUCUAUUGUGAUUGUUUUGCUGCCGGAAUCUACUGUGAUGGCCCUUGUUCCUGCCAAGGUUGCUUCAACAGACCUGAGUAUGAAGAUACAGUUCUUGAGACACGUCAACAAAUUGAAUCGCGUAAUCCUCUAGCAUUUGCUCCCAAGAUUGUACAGCCAUUCACUGAUUUCCCGGUGAACAGCAGGGAAGAUGGAAACUGGAAGACGCCAUCCUCAGCAAGACACAAAAGAGGGUGCAAUUGCAAAAGGUCAAAAUGUCUGAAAAAAUAUUGUGAAUGCUACCAGGCUAAUGUUGGUUGCUCCAUUGGAUGUCGAUGCGAGGGGUGUAAAAAUGUCUAUGGCAAGAAGGAAGAUUAUUGUCUGACUGAAGAAAUGGUGAGCAGAGGUGGUGGGGAGAUAUCAGAAAGCACAGUGGCAGCUAAGAAGGAUUUCUUGCAUUCUGAGCUGUGUGAUCCACACUAUCUUACUCCGCCGACACCUUCAUUCCAAUGCUCAGAUCAUGGAAAGAAUGCUCCCAUAUCCAGACUUCCUUCCAGCAGAUGCCUUCCAUCACCUGAGUCUGAUCCAACCAUCUUAUCAUAUGCAAAAUCUCCGAGAACUUCUGAUAGUAAUGACAUGCUUCUGGAAACAAGUAAAGAAAAAUUGGAUGUUGGUUCUUACUGUGAGGGAAUCAAUUACAACAAUGCGGACGUGCUUGCCGAUGAAUGCCAUCACACCCCACUUCUAAAUCAUUCCUCAAUUUUUACAGGUUCAUCAUCAUCAUCUAAAGCAAGGGAAUUGACAAGUCUUUCACAAUUCCGAUUGGGCCCUAGAAGUGGUUGUAUCUCUUCAGGGGGUUCCCUUCAUUGGCACAGGUCAUCUUUUAUGCCAAUGUCUACUUUAGAUGGGACUAAAAAGCUUCAGGGGCUUAACUCUGAUGGUGGACUUGAUGAUAUUUUGGAGGAUGAUACACCAGAGCUAUUGAAAGGCACUUCUACGCCUAUUAAGUCUGUGAAAGCAAGUUCCCCAAAUGGCAAGCGAGUUUCACCUCCUCACAAUUUGCAUCAGCUUCGGUCAAGCUCUUCAGGACCAUUAAGAAGCGGCCGUAAGUUCAUACUAAAAGCUGUGCCUUCUUUUCCACCUCUCACUCCUUGCAUUGAUUCGAAAGGCAGCAGUAAUCAGAGUAGAAGCAAUUUUCAAGAAAAUAGUAGCAAUGACUGAUUGUCAGACCUGCACUUUGGAGUAGGUACUAAGGUGGCCACAUUCUUGCGGUAGCGGACAAAUUCCCAGAAAGAGAUUGCUUCCGCCUCAUGAUCCGCCGUAGUCUUCUGUUUUUUUUUUUCCCCUAUUUCUCUCAUUUACUUGUCAGUCUUAUAGUUUUUCAGUUGGAUGUUUCUAAUGCAAGCCUAGUAUGUCUCAUUCCUCAUGAUUAAAGGAAGGACUCAUCAAACAUGUU